GGAAUAUUUAUUUACAAUUUUUUGUAUAUAAAAAAACAAUAGUCAAUAAAGAUUCAUCAAUUUGAGUAGAGAAGACAGAAUGAAGGCUUUCAGCCUGAUUUUGUUGGUGCUGGCUCUAGCGCAAUGGAGCAGUGGCUACAGAACUUAUCAAAGGCAAACUUCGAAUAGCUACAGUAGUUCGAGAACUUCUAGCGAUCAUACGGAGGAUUGCUGCUUGUUGAAUUCUUGGGCCUAUAGUCACAUGAAUGAAGUGCAUCAAUUUGCUAAUAGAUUGCGUCAAGAGUACAAUCAAAUGUCACAGGGAAGUAGUACGGGUUAUGUAGAUGAUCAUGUUACGCCUUGGAAUGAAAAUAUUAUAAAUCUGACUGGUAAAACCUCCACAGAAUUGGAUGCCUUGAGCCGUCGUUUAUGUGAGCAACUUGUUACCGAUAUGCGUAAAGGUUUGAUUACAUAUAACAAAAUAGCGCAACCCAACUUUUUUGAAUGGAAAGCAGCGCAAGCUUUGCAGAGCUAUGCCAAUCCUGAUGUAGAAGACUUUGGUCAACAGCAGGCUUUAGAUAUUGGACUUUAUCAGCCAGUUGAUUUAUCGAAUUUUGAUGAAGUUAAAAACUACGCAUAUCCCGCAGAAGUAAAGGUGAUUGAUGGAAAAACUUACGUUGUUCAGAAAAAUGAAACUGAAGCUCACAAAAUUGGCGAUGGUACAUUUGCAAAUCCACUCGUCACUGUAUUGAAGCGUAAUCGCACUACAAUCUCUACAAAUACGGUACCCGGAUAUAGUCCCAGUAUUUAUGAUAACAGUGCUGUGGUAAACAACUAUCCUACUAUUUAUGUACCUGGUGGUGGUUCAAGCACUACUACUGUUACACGUAAGAAAACUAUUUACGAUUGGGUGAAUAAGAAUAUGGAGCCUAGUGUUGUUGGCUAUAAUCCUGUGAUAAAUAUUGGUGGCGAAUGGGGUGCUAAUAUGGAAACUUAUAAACCACCAGUACAUAUUGGUGUUGAUAACAAUAAAAAUUUUGAUGCUGAAGUUUUCCAAGUGAAUUCUGGUGAUGUUUACCGCCCAAGCUAUAAUCCUGGUUCGACAGUAACGGUUACUCGAGUAAAUAAGACAAUAAUUUCACAUCCCGACGGCACAAAUACUGUACAUGGUUCUGAGGUGAAUAAAAAGUGGGUAGAUGGCAAACUGGUUAUAGAUACUGAGCGUCCAUUUGGUGAGUGGACGGUUCCACGCGAUGAAGCCUGGAAGCGUGAAGAACGUGAGCGUUUCUUCUGGUUCUUGUCCCAAGGUGCUACCACACCGCAAAGGCUUGAACAAUGGCAACGUCAGCAAGAGGAACGUUUGUUGGCAAUGGCUCAACGUUAUCAUACAACAGUUGAAGACAUACAAGAAUGGCAUCGCAAGGAGUUGGAACGCUAUCGUGUGUUAUGCAAUCAAUACCAAGCACAAAGCACUGACACUACUGCUUGGAAGCGACUGGAACGUGGACGUCUUGAUUGGUUAAUACAUCAAAACAGUAUUUCGAAAGAGGAAUUAGAACGUUGGCAACGUGAAAACCAAGACAAGUUAAUGCAAUUAGCGCGUCAAUAUAGAAUAUCGUUAACUGAGCUUAAAAAUUGGCAGAUUGAGGAACUUAAUCGCCUUUAUGUUUAUUUUAAUGACCAAAAUAACUCAAUGAUGGCUCGUCCAAAUUCGGAUUCUUUACGUACAAAUGAACAGGAACGUUUAAAUGAACUUAUACGUAAACAUAAUGAGUCCAUUUCAAACUUACAAAAAUCGAUACAAUUGGACCAACAAAAAUUGGUUGAAUUGUCAUUAAAGUAUCGUGGUAAUGUGCAGGAUAUGGAAAAAUGGCUCAAAGAAGAACUGGCUCGUAUAAACGGUGCAAUUACUGAGCAUCACAAUGAAAUGACACGUAUAUCAGAGUGGCAACGUUCUGAACGUGAGCGGUUGGAAGACAUUGUUAAACAUCAUCAAGGUUCUGUAGCUGAUAUCGAUGCACAAAUGGCACGUGAUCGCAAUUAUAUACAAGCGUUGGCAGCUAAGUAUCACGUAAGUAUUGAAGAUCUUGAGAAAUGGCAACGCUCUGAGCUUGAACGUUUGAAUAAAGAAGGACAAACAAAUUUGGAGUUGGGCAUAAAAGAAUGGCAGAAACGUGAACGAGAACAUCUGAUGUCUAUUGUUAGUAAAAAUGAUCUAACAAUCGAAGAAUUUCAAACACAAAUUAUGAGUGAUCGUGCACGUCUUGAGGAUUUGGCCAAAAUAUAUAAGAUACAAGUAUCUGAAGUUGAGAAUUGGAUUAAAAAUGAAAUCAAAAACUUCCAGUCACAAGGUUUGUUGAAAGAGGUUGAGAAGGAACUGGCAAUAUGGCAGCAAAAGGAACGCGACCGUCUACAGGCUAUAGUUAAGCAAAAUGAGCUCACUGUUGAGGAAUUACAAAAGAUGAUAAAAACCGAUCAGGGGCAUUUAUAUGCGCUUGCAAAUACGUAUCAUGUACGUGUUGAUGAAAUCGAGGAGUGGUUGAAGAAAGAAAUGCUACGCUUACAAGGUGAAGGUCUAAUUAAAGUGGAAGAUCUCAAGGAUUGGCAAAAACAGGAACGGGACAAAAUUUUAAAUAUUGUUCAACAAAAUAAAUUGACAAUUGAAGAAUUUGAGAAAAAACUAUUGGCUGAUAGGAAGCGCUUGCAAGAUCUCUCAAACAUGUACAAUGUAAAAAUAUCAGACAUUGAAGUAUGGAUCAAGAAAGAGGGUGAGCGUUUGCAGGGAUUAGGUUUAUUGCAAAUGCAGGAACAAUUAAAUAACUGGCAAAAAAUUGAACGUGAUCGCUUGUUAGCUCUUGUUAAGCAAAAUAAUUUGACUGUUCACGAAUUAGAAGAUAAAAUUAAAAAGGAUCAAGUGCAUCUGUACAGUUUGGCACACCAGCAUCAAGUGCGUGUUGAAGAGAUCGAAGAAUGGAUCAAAAACGAAAUAUUACGACUUCAACAAGAAGGUGUUGUAGAAAUGGAAAAACUGAAAGAUUGGCAAACUGAUUGGCGUGGAAAUUUGACAAAUUUGGUGCAAGAACGCGACUUCACAGUUGAAGAGUUUCACAAAUGGUUGCUUGAGGACCGUGCGCGUCUGCAGACAUUAGCAAUGCAACAUAACGUGCAAAUUGAAGAAAUUGAACAAUGGGUGCGUAAUGAAGAACAACGCUUUAUAGCGUUGGGACUGCUAAAACCAAAUGAGAAACUUACAAAUUGGCAAGAGGUUGAGCGUAGAUACUUGGAACGCAUUACACAAGAGCAAUAUCAUUCCACCGAACAGCUAGAGCAACGUCUGCGACAAGACCGUGAAUUGCUUGAGAAGCUUGCACGUGAUUACAGUGUACAAGUGGAAGAAAUUGAAAAAUGGAUGCAGAAGGAGUUGGCACGCUUACGUGAUGAUGGUCAAUUGCAAAUCGAUAAUCUAACUGCCUGGCAGAUUGCGGAACGCGAACGUUUAGAGAAAUUAAUUAAACAAAACAAACAAUGGAGUGCAACAGAGUUUGAGUUGGCAUUACGUAAGGAUCGAGAACAUAUGCAAAAAAUGGCAUUCCAAUACCACACAUCAGUUGAGGAAAUCGAAAAGUGGAUACAGUCUGAAGUGGGGCGUUUACAGCAGCAGGGCAAACUCAAUAUUGAACAGCUAACUGCUUGGCAAAAGGCAGAACAUGAACGCAUAUUAAAUCUGUUGCAACAGCAAUCUAUUAUUUCAGUUGAAGACUUCGAACGUAAGGUGCAGCAAGAUCGACGUUUUCUUAUGAACUUAGCUAAUCAAUAUCAUGUCAGUGUUAUUGAAGUUGAGGAGUAUAUUAAGAAAGUAAUCGAUGAUUUACGUGACAAAGGAAAAUUUGAAGUUGAGAAUUUGCAAACUUGGCAAUUUGUGGAACGUGACUAUAUAAAACAACUAUUGGAUCAGUACAAUAAUGAACUAACUACCAAACAGUUUGAAGAUAAGCUACUAACAGAUCGUGCUCAUCUCCAACAACUGGCAAAUCAGUAUAAAAUCAACGUCGAGCAAAUCGAAAAGUGGAUGAUUGAAGAGUUGCAACGUUUAAGGAAAAAUUCCGAAAAUCAUGUUAAAAACUUGUCUGUUUGGCAGGUUAGUGAGGCACAGCGUCUUAAAGAUUUGAUCCAGCAAAAUAAUCGCAUAAGUUAUGUUCAAUUUGAGAUGGAAUUGAUGAAGGAACGUGCACGCUUGCAGGAGCUUGCAAAUCAAUAUUCGUUGAGCGUUGAACAAAUCGAAACGUGGUUGAGACAACAAUUGCUCAAUUUGAAGACAAAAGGUGAGAUCCAAGUCGAAAACUUAACCAAGUGGCAGGAAGAUGAGCAAAAACGUUUAAUUGACAUGCUUUUACAGCAACAAAACAACGUCAGCUUUGAAGAGUUUGAAAUGCAAUUGCGACGUGAUAACCAGCAUCUGCAGCAACUGGCCAGACAAUACAGUGUAAGUGUGGAGCAAAUUGAGCGAUGGAUGCGUGAUGAGUUACAGCGAUUGAAAAAUUCAGGAUUGUUGCAAGUAGAAAAGUUGACUUAUUGGCAAAAAAUUGAACGCGAUCGCCUGCAAGAUUGGCUUAAACAACAAAACAAUGCAGCCACCUAUGAAGAUUUCACAGACUUUUUAAAGAGAGACAAAGAGCGAUUACAACGCAUUGCGAAUGACUAUCAUAUUACUGUCGAAGAGGUUGAGAGCUGGGUUCAACAAGAAGGUGCUAGGCUACAAAUUUUGGGAAUGGUCAAGCGUCCAGUUGAAAUUAUAUUUGUACCAAAUCAUAACACAGCUGAUGAAAUGUGGAAAGUACAUACACGGGCACACUUGGAAGCAGUUGCGCAAGUAAAGCCAAUGAGCUGGCAAGACUUCGAACGUUAUUUGACUGAGGAACGCAUACGUUGGGAACAAAUUGCUCGCACUUAUAAUAUAACUGUUGAAGAAAUCGAAAUGUGGUUACGCCAAUCAGCACAGGAGCUAUCAAAAAAAGGCUUAAUUAAUGGAAGUACGAUUAAAGAGGAGAAUUGGCAAGUUAAUGAAAAAUUAUAUAUACAAAAUUUGAUCAAAGAAAAACUUCGUCAACAACCACAGUUAAGUGUACAGGAAUUCGAACAGUUAUUUAAACAGGACCGUCCACAUUUAAUGCGUUUGGCAACUCAAUAUCAUGUGAAUAUUGAACAAAUAGAGACUUGGGUCAAACACCAAUUACCUCAGAUAUAUAGAGAAGUGCAUAUUAACCAUCCAUUUACUACAACCACCGAUGAAGAGAUGUGGAAAGUUCAAACUCGGGCUCAUUUGCAAGCUGUUGCACAGGUAAAACCGAUGAACUGGCAGCAAUUUGAAAACUAUCUGAAGGAGAAUCGCAUGCGUUGGGAACAAUUUGCCCGGCAGUAUAAUAUCACAGUAGAGGAAAUUGAGUUUUGGUUGCGUGACGUUGCGCAGAACUUAUCCAAAGAAGGUUUGAUACAUGGCACUGUUACUGAGGAAGAGUGGCAAUUCAAAGAGCAGGAUUACAUACAAAAAUUGAUAGACGAGAAGUAUCGCAAGCAGCAGCAAUGGUCUUUGGAAGAGUUAGAACGUCAGCUGAAGCUAGAUAUCGCACAUCUACAAAAUUUAGCCACACAAUAUCAUGUAACUGUAGAAGAAAUUGAGGCAUGGUAUAAACAAGAAUUGCAACGUUUAUUAGAUCAAAGAAAAAUUGUUACCGAGAAUUUAACAGACUGGCAAUCGAAGGAGAAGGACCGUUUGUAUUGGAUAGCAUUGCGUCAACCAGGUUUAACUCAAAGCAGUUUAGAAAAGCUAUUGUUGGAAGACAAACUUCGUUUAAAUACCUUAGCUGAUGAGUAUCAUGUAUCCAUUGAGGAAUUAGAAUAUUGGAUUAAAAACGAACUUCGUCGCUUGGUUAAUUUAGGUAUUUUGUUGGAUAAUACUUCUAAUAAUGCUUACAAUAGAUGGCAACAAGAGGAACGUGAGCGUUUGCGUACUAUAGUCGCUGAUAUUACUAUAACUGAAGAAGAACUGUUAGAAUUCAUAGCUGGUGAUCAUCAAUUCCAAUUGCAGUUGGCUAAAGUUUAUGGUUGCUCUCUGGAUCAACUAGCACCUUUCCAAAGAAUUGAAAUUGGUGUGAUGGAACGAGAAGGCUUAUUUGACCACACCAAAUUGCUUAAGUUGGAGCAUUGGCAAAAACGUGAACGUGAUCGUCUUUAUAGUUUGAUCAAGAAUCAAAACAUUUCGCUAAAGAACUUGAAAAAUUGGCAACGACAAGAUAUGUUAUUCAAUGAAUGGGCUGCUAAGUAUGGUAUCUCGGUGCAAGCAUUGAAGGAUUGGCAACUGAAAGAAUAUGAUCGCAUACAACAACUAGCUGAGCAUUACAAAAUGAGUUUGAGUCAAUUGCAACAAUUCCGUGAGAAAGAAAUAAUGUACCUAACAUAUAUUAUGCAUAAAAAGUUGAGCUCCGAAGCGGAACGUAUUCAAUGGGCUGAAAUCGAAGAAGCGCGCAUAAAGCAAUUAGAACACGAAACUGGCUUGACUGGUGAAGAACUCCUGGAAUGGCGCCGUAGAUUAUAUUUGCUUUGUCAAGGUUUGUUGCCAAUGAAUUUUGGUACUGGUGGUUAUGAAACUGGAAAGGGUUCUACAAAUGUUACAAAUGUGCCACAUCCAGUGAUCUCAAAGGAUCGUGGCGAUCAACCACCAAAUGUAUAUGACGAGAAAAUGGAUUUCGAUGAACCAGGUGUAGCUGGACAAGAACCAUUGUAUCCAUUGCCUUCUGCAGAAUUACGUGAACUUUCUACACGCCCGCCAGCGAUUCAAACUACUGUUAAUAUGCCCGGCAGUGGAGUACAAAGCGGUUACCGUUAUACUAAGAAAGAAUAUCAAUUCACAGUACCAGUAGGUGUAGCGAGUGCGACAGCAACCGCAGAUAGUAAUACAGCCUCUGCUAGUGCAAGUGUGGGUGGUGGCCAACAUUAUGGUCAAUACUCACAUCCAAGUAGGCAUUACAGCUUUAAUGGUAUGCAAUCUCAUGCACUUACUACUGAUGAAGGCCAACAACAACAGCAAGAAGAACAGGUUGAUGAUUUUGGACAACAACAACAAGUUGAGCUAGCUUGGAACGGUCAGUAUAAUGCACAUGAUAUUGGACAACAACAACAAGUGGAACUGGCUUGGAAUGGUCAAUACAACGCACAUAAUGCUGGACAACAACAACAGCAACUAGAGGACUAUGGACAGCAGCAAGUGCAGGUUGAAGAUCUAACCGGAACUUUCACAACAAAAGAGAAGGAAGCUAGUCAAAAGCAAGUUGUGACUGCUAAGUCGGAAAUUGAAGUAAAAGCAGAAGCUGAGCCUUCCGGUUUCUGGGGUAAACUUAAGCAGAAGACUACGGACAUUUUCGGUUAAUAUUUGUUAUCCUUCGUUAAUAACGAGUACAUCAAAAGACUUAAAUGCUCGCCAUAUUAUAUUUCUAGUUGCGGUUACCUAUUUAAUAGAUUAUAACAAUUUUUUUUUUUUACUUUUAAUAACGAAUA